AAUUAGUGUGAUUCCAAAUCUCCCACAAGACCGCACAUACACCAACAUCAUGUCGAAGCGAUUCCCGACGCCGAAAUGGGCCGGAGUUCCGACUCGAUUGAACUCGAAAGCGUACCUUGAGGUGUGGAAGGAUGGAGUAAAGCUCACCGAGAAACUGCCCAUUGGACAACAAGCAUGCACUGUCCUUGGCCGCAACACGGACGUGUGCGAUUUUGAGUUGGCACAUCCAAGCAUCUCUCGGCAGCAUGCUGCAAUUGUGCACACCAAGGCAGGUACUGUUGAAGUUGUGGACUUGGAAUCGGCACAAGGUACAGUGGUGGACGGUGAGACCCUUUCAGAAAAAUCCGAGUUUCGCAAAGCUGUCGACAACGGGUCCGAGGUUGUGUUCGGAGCCAGUACGCGAAAGUAUAUUGUUCGCGGGUUGAAUCAAGCUCCCGAGUCGACAAUCCCGACAAGAGGCACGUCGACGAUCGCUGAAUUGGCGCAAUUGCCAACUGGAUUUGCAACGACCAACAGUGCCAAGCAGUCGCAAAAGGCCGCCGAACGACUUGCUCGCGACGAGGAAAUCCGCCGUUUGACAAUGGAAAUGGUGACCCAGGCACCAAAAGUCCAGCAUGUUGCAACCAUGCCAAAGGACGAAGACGACAGCAGUGAAGCCAAACCCCAGCCAUCUGUUCGUCGAGGUCCUCAGAACAAUCCCAACAUCAAGCCAAAGGAAGAGGAAGUAGAAGAUGCAGCAGUGAGUUCAGAUGGACCCGAGUCGGACAGCGAUGACGACGACGCCGACGGCGAGAGCCUCUCGCGCGACCUUGCUCUGCGGUACAACUUGCCGCUGAAGAAUCAAGUCGUCUUGACGUCGCAUACGAAGUCCAUCACAAGCAUCGCCGUCGAUGCACCAGGUGCUCGGGUCGCGACUGGAUCAAUGGACUACCACAUGAAGUUGUGGGACUUUGCGGGCAUGGCUCGUCAAGUGCGUCCAUUUCGAGACAACGAAGUCGAAGAAGGUCACCCCAUCAUGGCGCUGAGUUACAGUCCGACGGGCGAUCGCGUGCUGGCCGUGACGGGUUCGUCCCAGCCCACGGUGCUGUCUCGAGAAGGCGUGAAGGAGCACCAGUUUGUCAAGGGUGAUAUGUACGUGAUGGACAUGGUCCACACAAAGGGCCACACGCACAGCUGCACGGGCGGCGCGUGGCACCCGACGCUCAAGCAGUCGAUGGCCACGUGUGCCCUGGACGGCACCGUGCGGCUGUGGAAACUUGACGGAAAGACCGCCUUCAACAAGCUUUUGAACGACCAAGUGAUCAAGUUCAAGAGCAAACAGGGCAAACGCAUUGAAGUGACGACGUGUGCGUACAACAUCGACGGCUCUGUCGUGUUCGGGGCGACUGCGGAAGGGUCCGUGUUUGGCUACGACUUGCGCCGGUCGACCACGUUGACCCCGUCGUUGAAGCUCCAAGGCGCCCACGCUCCUGGCAGUGCUGACUUGUCUGUGUCGAACAUCAAGUUUGCCAACGAAAAGGUGUUUGGAACCCGGUCGUGCAGUGACGACUGUGUCAAGCUUUGGGAUAUUCGAAAAUUGGCCUCGCCAUUGAAAACGCUGACGGAUGUCCCGAGUCACUUUGGUGUGGCGAAUAUGGCGUUCAAUGCGACCGGCACCGCCGUUGCCGUCGGGACGUCUGUGCCUUCAGGGAAGGAUCGCCAUGGACAAGUCCUCUUCUUCGACGUCCUCACGGCAGUCAACACCCCCCUCACCUCCAUCGACAUGCAGGCAGAUGAAAGCGCUGUAUGCGUGGCGUGGCAUUCCAAAAUCAACCAGGUGUUUGUCGGGUCGAGCGCCGGCAGCGUCCGAGUGUUUUAUGAUGAUGCGAUCAGCACGCGGGGCGUACUCUUGAGUGCAACGAAGAAGCUACCGCUGGCGAGCGCAGGGUACGUCCGCAUUGACGAGUCAACCGACGGUGCAAUCGUCAACCCGCAUGCACUGCCCAUGUUUCGUGACGCGAACAACAAGAAGCCAAACAAGCGAAAAUACGCCAAGAUUCGCAUGGACCCGAUUGCGUCCAAGAAACCGUCCAAGCCUAUCACGGGCCCAGGGUUUGGCGGGAGCACUGGCGGUGGCACCCUUACGCAAUUCUUCAUGCGGGAUCAAAUCAAGAGCGAGUCGAUUCGCAGUGAAGAUCCCCGAGAGGCCAUCUUGAAGUACGCCAAAGUCGCCGAGGCUGAGUCGACGUACUUGGGGUCAGCGUACGCAGCCACCCAACCGAGGGACCAGAUCGCGGCCGAGUACCAGCUCGCCAAGGAAACAUUGGAGCAGGAGAAGAUCACAAAGGAAGAGGAGACUCGUCGCUUGCUCGAUCUUUAACAACGUGUCGUGGGGUAUGUGGAGUUUUAGGUGUUUUAUUCAUGGUACUACGUCGUGUGGGGGCGGUCAAGUUGCAGGUCGUCCCUUUUGUCUAUGACUCGUCCGCCGGGACCUUGGCCUUGCCGAGCAAGUGUGGCUUGAGCAGCUUGUUCAUGGAGAACAUGGUCACCUUGUCUUCUCCAAACAAGUGCGUAAGCGUGUCAUCGCAAUUGAUUUCUUGCUUGUUGUCGGGGUUUUGAAGGUUGUUCUCCUUGAUGUACUCCCACAGCUUUUUGACGACCUGCGGCCUGCUCAUCUGGACUUCGCCUAACAGAUCUGACAGCUCCUCCGACAAAGUGAGAGGCGCGUUGAUGCCUGAGUUCGGAGCGGGUGCAGCACGCUUCGGUUUCUCGCCCGUCUCCUUCAAUUGUGUCUUUCGCGCCAACUUGGCCGCCUUCUUGCGCUCCUUUUCCGCAGUCUUUUCCUCGUCUUCCUCGCUCGACUCGCCAUCACGCUGGAUGUCGGCCCACCCACCGGCCGGAAGGUCGUCUGGCUUGACUACGUGUCGCUUCAGGUACUUGUUCAUUGAAAACAUGGUGAACGAGUCGCGUUGAAAGACGUUUUUGAGGGCGUCGUUGAGGAUAAUGGUUCGCUUGUCGUUGGGGUCUUGUAGCCCUUGUUCGCGAAUGUAUUCCCACAUCUUUUUGACGAGUUGCGGGCGGCUGCUUUGAGUGAUGCCGAGCACUUCCGACAAUUCGGGACUGAGCAGCAUUUCGACUGCAAACCCACCCGAGGCACUUCCGUCCUCGUUCUUCUUGCGUGGGGCGCGCUUCUUGGGUUCGGCCUUGACCUUGGAGGCGCCACCCUUCUUGGCCUUCUUGGACGGGGGCGGGGCGUCCACUUCCUCUUCGUCGUCGCCCGAGUCGUCCUCCUCUUGUUCUUCAAUGAUUUUCGUGAUUUCGUCAUUGAUAAAACUCUUGUACUCUUCCAUGGACACACCAAACGUGGAUUCGAGCUGCUUGCGGACCAUCUUGCGGCUCAUCGUUUCGAGGUCGGACGCGUCCAGGAUCUUGCGGAUCGCCUUCGCCAGCUCGGACUUCUUCAUGCUCGAGGCAACGUGGCGAUAGUAACACUGGGAGCCACCCAGACAACCGCCCGAGAAAUCCC